GUUUUUUUGUUAUCUAAAAAUGCAGCAAUUACCAUGGGACAAGGCUAAAAAAAAACGAUGUCAAAUCUGGGAAAUGAAAAUGUAAAAUGAGGGAACUGCACCAAUAGGAAUACAUAGAGACUGGGGGGGGACUGUAUAAAAUAGACUUAAAAUGCGGGAAAACGUUAAAUCUGGGGAAGUAAAUUGAGGGUUAUACCGUAUAAUAAACACAGCGGCGCCUCGGUCCCAGGUCGGAGCAGCAGGUGGCGCUAGAGGGUCGGAUUUCACUGUUUGUGCUUCCGGGAGGCUUCGGGCAGUUUCCCUAUCGGAAGGAAUCACGAGGCAGAUCUGCGCAUGUCCGACCUUUCCCUCCACUGGAACCGGAUGUGUCUGAGACCAAAAGUAUCCCCAGCACAAUCCCUAGUCAUUGAAAUAGUGUUGAACAAGAUGAACAUUCCUGGGACAUUCAUGUUAAACAGGUGCCUCACAAGAAGCUCCAGAACUAAUAAUUCUCUGAUCCUUUGGAGACAAGAGGACAUUAGACUGUGCAACUGCUCCAACAUCAGGAAAUCCUCACAUUGGAAAGAAAAAUCUGUAUCAAACACAUUCUAGAGCAAUGAGCCUUCCAAACUCCCAGGAAGAACUUCCCUCAGUGAAGAAAAGUUACACAUGCCAAGAAUGUGGGAAAAAAUUCCGGAGAAAAACCCACCUUAAAUCUCACCAGAGUGUUCACACUGGGGAGACACCGUUUACGUGUACAGAAUGUGGGAAAUGUUUUAGGUUAAGAGAAAGUCUCCAAAAACACGAGAGAAUUCACACGGGGGAGAAACCAUUCAUGUGCACGGAAUGUGGGAAAUGUUUCAGGCUAAAUGACGCUUUUCAAAAACACAAGAGGUUUCACACAGGGGAAAAACCAUAUUUAUGUACAGAAUGUGGGAAAACAUUCUCUUUAAAGAUUCAUCUACUCAGUCACCAGAAUAUUCACACAGGAAUAAAACCGUUUGUGUGCACAGAAUGUGGAAAAUGGUUCUCUCGCAAAAGCCACCUACAGCUCCACUUUACAGUUCACACAGGGGAGAAACCAUUUCCUUGUACAGAAUGUGGGAAACAUUUUUCUGCUAAGUAUCAGCUACUCACCCACCAGGCAAUUCAUACAGGAGUGAAACCAUUCAUGUGUACAGAAUGUGGGAAGAGUUUCUCCACCAACUGCAGGCUCAAGACCCACAACAGAAUUCACACAGGAGAGAAACAUUUCUUUUGUACAGAAUGUGGCACAAGUUUCGCUAAACAACAUGACCUUUCUGUACACCUAAGGGUCCAUGCAGAAGAGAAACGUUUCACAUGUGUGGAAUUUGGAAAACCGUAUACUAAGGACAGGCUUGAAGAACUUGUUCAAAGUCACGUCGUUAGAGAACAAGAACUCAUCAGCCUUCCUUUACUUAUUGUGGGGAAACCUUUUUCCCAAAACAAAGGCACGGCCCAUAGUUGUUUGUUACAAAAGGCCAUUAAAAAAUCCACGAAUUGCAAAGAAAAUUCCGUAUCUGAAUUCAUAAAAACCUUUAGUGCAAUGAGCAUUCCAAACUCCCAGAAGGAACGUCGAUCAGUGAAACAACAUUAUGACUGUCCAGAAUGCGGGAAGAGAUUCUUAGUAAAAAGCCGCCUCCAUACUCACCAGAAAAUUCACGCUGGGGAGAAACCUUAUGAAUGUGCAGAAUGUGGGAAACGAUUCUUGACAAAAGGCCAGCUUCAUAUUCACAAGCAAAUUCACACUGGGGACAAACCAUUCUCCUGUACAGAAUGUGGGAAACGCUUCAGACUAAAAGAAAUCCUUAAAGAUCAUCUAAAAACUCACACUGGGGUGAAACCGUACGUAUGUACAGAAUGUGGAAGAACCUUUUCAAAGAACAGCCACCUUCAGAUCCACUUUAAGACUCACACAGGGGAGAAGUCCUUUCCUUGUGCAGAAUGUGGGAAAAGUUUCAUCUCAAAGGUCUACCUUUCCAGCCAUCAGAAAAUUCACACAGGGGAGAAACCGUUUCCUUGUACAGAAUGUGGGAAAAGAUUCCGUUUAAAGAGUGACCUUAACAGACACCACAGGACUCACACGGGAGAGAAACAUUUCUCAUGUAACAAAUGUGGGAAAAAAUUCUCUCGUAAAGAAAGUCUUCAACGACACAUGCAAAUUCACACCCCCAAACAUGAUUCGAGGGAAAUAAAAUGCCGCAAACUUGAAGAUAUCUGGUGAUUUUCAGACAUUUUCCUCCGAAUCAUCAACUGUAGGAAAGCUUUGUGACUUGGUAGUAUGAAGUAGAAAGACAUGAUAACCUAUUUAUGAAUCAAGGUUAUUGUUCAUCUCCUCAUAAAAGCCAUUUAAAUUAGUCUGGUAAGAUCUGUUGCUCAUAAAACCAUGUUGGCACAAACUCAUAGUUUGGCACUUGAUAAAGGGCGUUUGAGGCCCGAAACAUGUAGUGUUUUGUAGCUGCUAAUAAACGACAUUGUUGCAGAUA